AUGACAUCAAACCCGAACAUAAAUCGUCAAGAGCAGUAUAAUAGGCGGGAUCGAAAUGACGGCAAUACUUCAGACGAUAGUCUUCUAUUAAUGGCUAACGACGGCGAAGACAAAACACCUCUAUUAAAUGAUAUUGAUCACGAAGAAGGCAUCGAAGCAGCAAUUAUGUCGAAUGCGUCAUUGACACGGUCCACCCAUUGUCACGUGCCAGAUGAUAAGUUUGAUUAUGGAGCAAGAAAUCGUCUUAUUCUUGUACUAAUUAUCUGUAUUGUUUUUAUGGUCAUUGAAAUUGUUGGAGGUAUUAUUUCGAAUUCAACAGCUGUUAUAACAGACGCAGCUCAUAUGGCGAUUGAUGUUGCUAGUUUUCUGAUAUCACUAACAGCAAUGUUUCUUGCAACAAAACGACCUACAAAAAGACUAUCAUUUGGUUAUAUUCGAGCAGAGGUACUUGGUGCUCUUCUAAGUGUGUUAGCAAUAUGGUUAGUUACUGGUGUUCUUGUUUAUAUGGCGAUUGAACGUUGUAUCAAUCAAAAGUUCGAAGUAAAACCAUUGGAAAUGAUUAUUGUUGCAUCAUGUGGUGUCGUAUUCAAUAUCGUAAUGUUUUUUGUUUUACAUGCUGAUGUAUGUGGAACAUCAUUGCCUCAUGGACAUUCACAUGGACACAAUCAUAGUCAUUCACAUGGACAUGAUCAUGAUCACUCCAGUGAUGAUACUCUGGAAAAUGUAGACACCAUGAUUAAUUCUUCGCCGUUAGUCGCUAAUAUUGUGACUGGACAACGUCGAGAGCGAGCUAAGAAAACAACAAAAAAUAUUAAUGUACGGGCGGCUAUUAUACAUGUUAUUGGAGAUUUUGUUCAAAGUGUUGGCGUCCUUUGUGCGGCAAUACUUAUUAAAUUUAAACCGGAAUAUAAAUUAGCUGAUCCUAUCUGUACCUUUAUAUUCUCCGUCCUUGUUCUUUUUACGACAAUUACAAUCAUGCGUGAUAUUAUAUUUGUUCUUAUGGAAGCUGUUCCACCACAUGUUAAUUAUUCACGAGUAGUUGAUGAUCUUCUUCGUAUACCUGGUGUAAGAAAUGCACAUAGUUUGCAUAUAUGGUCAUUAUCAAUGCAGCGAGCUGCUCUCUCGGUUCAUGUUGCAAUUAAUCCUGAUAUAGAUCCUUUGACAGUGUUGUAUCAAGCUCAAGAAAUGCUUCGUAAUACGCAUUCAAUCGUACGAACAACAAUACAAAUUGAACAUUAUGACGAACAUGUGAUAAGUUCGUGUGAAGAUUGUCGUCGGCCUGACAUGUGA